ACUGCCAGUCAGCGCCGGUGCUGCGUGCCGAGAUCAGUUCCCCCGAGAACACGCGUGCCCCCGUCGGUAGUCGAAGCACAGUAAAGCUUAAACGUUUCCAGAAAAAUUAAAUAAAAGACGAUUUCAUUUUUGUUGUUAUUUUAUUUUUUCGAAAUUUGUUUUUAAGCCGUUUUACGUGAUCAUGCUGUGAUUGGACGUUCGAAUUCCGACGGAUUUUUUUACGGAUAUUGAGAAAUUAUUGUUUUAAGUCUCGACAAAGCUGUCCUACUUGUCUGUCCACCGAAAUAUAUCGUACUGUAGUUUUUGCGCUCGCAAUUUUUUUUUUUCGAUUUUUUUUUUUUUUUUAUUAUUAUUUCGCGUAUAUUAACAAACCAAAAAUGUACGAGGCAAAGUGUAUUGUAAUGGACUACCAGCACCACAAUGCUCAACUGCAGGCGCAGACACAGCAACACCUACAGCAACUCCAAUCGUUAGCUCCGGAUUCGACUAGAUGGAAUCAGUACCAACAGUUUUGGCGACAUCAGAUGCUAAUGAAUGGAAAAGCUUGUGGAGUACCCAGAGAUGGCAAUCCUGAUAAAAAAGAAGAAAAUGAGCUUUUGUGGACUAACGUCGUAGAAUCUCAGUCAGCGUUUCUGGGACCGAAUCUAUGGGACAACAAAACCAUACCAUACGACAAUGACCUUAAGUAUUGCGACCUCGACGAAUUCCUGUCCGAAAACGGAUUGCCGGUGGAAGGCGACCACCAGAACGGAACGACCGCGGGCAACGUUAACCCGGGCACUAUAGUGGCGGUCGGCCACCAGGGUGGCGCACUCAUGCCGGGCGCCAACAACCGCCUGUCCUCGCCUCCGCCGCCGCCGCCUUCCAUACACCCGAUACAACACUUGCAGACAAACGGCGUGGGCGUCAUACUGACCAAGCGCGAACCGUCUCCGUCGCCCAGCGAACCGCUCAGCCCGAUCACCAUAAACCCGGCGUCGCCAGCAGAUUCAACAUUGUCGUUCGCGUCGUCCAGCAGAGACUUCGACCCGAGAACAAGGCCGUUUUCCGACGAAGAAUUGAAGCCGCAGCCAAUGGUAAAGAAAUCAAGGAAACAGUUUGUACCGGAUGGGCUGAAAGAUGAGAAAUACUGGGCAAGACGUAGAAAAAACAACAUGGCGGCAAAGCGAUCGAGAGACGCGAGACGAAUGAAAGAGAACCAAAUUGCAUUGAGAGCAGGGUUUUUAGAAAAAGAGAACAUGGGCCUUCGACAAGAGAUGGAACGUUUAAAGAAAGAAAAUUUAGCACUCCGAGAUCGUCUUUCAAAGUUCGAGAUCUAGAAUAUUUACCGUGGAUUUGUAUGCACCAUAAUACCCUUACCCUCUGUGUUUUUGAAAAAAAAGAAAUACCUUACCCAAAUUGUCGUUACUAUUUAUCGCACCGUUGACCGUCAGCUCGUUAAUAAACACUCACUCUUCCAACGCACCGCGGUGGUCGCCUGUAAGAAGUCGUGUAUAGAAAUGAGUUAUAUUAUAAUUAAUACGUUGUAGUUUAUAAAACAUAAAAAUGCAUAUAAACAUAUAUAUGUAUACAAUAAUAUAUUAUAAAUAUUAUUGUUAUAACGCAACUGAUCUCAAUUCCAAAUACGAAAGAAAUUCCACAUUCAAUGUUAUCAAACAAUUUAUUUAUCGGACCUCAGCAGAUUCUCAGGAAGAAAACAAAUUUGUCAAUACAACAGCACUGGAUUCAAAAUAACAUGAUAUAAAACAAAGUUAAUUUUCCCGAGUUUAAACUUACAAUAGCAUUUAAGUCGAUGUACAUGGUUUUUGUUGUUCUGUACAUAAAAUAGGUCUACAAUUAUUAAAUUAUUAAUUAUAUUAUUAUUAUUUUAUUAUUAUUAUUUUUAUUAUUAUUAUUAUUAUUAUUAUUAUUAUUAUAAAUCGUCCUAUUUAUAUGUUUUUAUAAAAAUUAAAUGCGUGUUAACCUGACAUAUUAUAUUAAUAUAGUCUUGAUAAGUAUAAAAAAAUAUUAUAAACGUAAAAAAAAUAAUUCAUUGGUACAAGAUAAGACUUUAUAAUAUAUAUAUAAAUAAUAUUAUAUAUUAUUAUAAUGCUAAUUGAGAAAAAAAAACAGAAUUUAUUUUCGAUUGAUUUUUUUUUUUGCAUUGGUCAUUAUUAUGUAUUGAGAAUUGACCCUUCUAGAUGCAAUUUAUUUCAUAACAUUGUUUAUAUACUGUAGUGGACGAUAUGAUUUCUUUAGUGAAGUUUUGAGGGAUCUGUUUUCGUUUUACAUCUAUAUCGUUGCGUGGGGAUUUGUUUUAUUUAUUUAUGCUUCCAAUAUUGUAUAACAUGUCAAUUAAUUCAUAAGAUCAUCACAAAUUAAUUAUUAAUUGUUUUAUUUUAAUAUGUAUAGAUUUCUUAAAUAUAUUAUAUAAUUAUCCUUCCUCCUCAUUAUGAUUGACGAGCGUUUUUAAUAUGUUUAGUUUUACCAUUAUUAUUUAAUUGUUUGAUUAGAUACUUAUCUUUUUCUUUAUUAUUAUUUUUAGCAAUUAAGUGUUGAUUUUUAAAAAUGUUUAUUUGUAGACAUUUAAAUGAUUAUUGACAGCUCGCUUAUUGUUUCAUAGGAUUAUUUAAUUAGGCUUUAGAAAAUUAAGGUAUUUGUUCUAAGGAUCAUAUUUGAUAUUUUGUGAAUAGUUACUUUUUUUAUAAUACUUUAAUAACAUAAUACCUAAUUGUAAUUUUGUUUGAGAAAACAAACGUAUGGGUCAGGGCUGCUGUAAGAUUUUCUUUUUUUUUUUCUUUUUAUAUAUAUAUGAACUUCAUAUAUACAUAACAUUGUUGUCAAAUUAUAAUUAUUUCAAAAAAUGUUAUUGUUUUGCAUGAAUAUUGAAUAUACACGAAAUGACCAUUA